AUGGCUUGUAGGGGUUGUUGGGAAUGUGUUUUGAAGCUUUUGAAUAGCUUACUGACCAUUACUGGUCUAGCAAUGGUGGGCUAUGGGGUUUAUCUUCUGGUUCAAUUCGGUAAAGCUCCGAAUAACUCUCUGACUGUUGCUACGGUCAGUGAUGAUCAAACUUAUAUUCUACUUGGCAGACCAAUGCUUAUGGCGUUGCCUCUUUCCAACAACUUUUUUGAUGAUUUGCCCAAGGCUUGGUUUAUUUACUUAUUCAUUGGAGUUGGUGCUGUUCUCUUUGUUAUUUCUUGUUUUGGCUGUAUUGCAUCUUGUACACGGAGUGGGUGCUGCCUGAGUUGUUAUUCGGUUUUGGUGGUUUUGCUGAUCUUAGUAGAGCUUGGAUGUGCAGCCUUUAUAUUUUUCGACAAAAACUGGAAAGAGGAAAUUCCAAGGGACAAAACUGGAAAUUUUAAUAUGCUAUAUGAUUUUCUGAGAGAGAACUGGACUAUUGUGAAAUGGGUUGCGCUUGGAAUUGUUAUCUUUGAGGCCCUUCUUUUCAUCUUAGCCCUUAUUGUUCGGGCUGCAAAUAGGCCAGCAGAUUACGAUAGUGAUGAAGAGUUCAUUAAUCCAAGGCAGCAGGCCCGUCAGCCUUUGCUCAGUAGACCAGCAGGUCCUGCACCAGGUGUACCAGUUACUGGCACAGUUGUUGACCCACGUUCCAACAGAAAUGAUGCAUGGAGUGCAAGGAUGAGGGAGAAGUAUGGUCUGGAUACAUCGGAAUUCACAUACAACCCAUCUGAGUCACACAGGUUCCAGCAAGUAAACUCACAACCAACUGAAGAAAGGAGCCGUUGUACCAUAAUGUGA